AUGGCAGAAACAGAUACCAAGUACAGCUAUGUUACAGCUUCUGCGGCGAAAGAUUUCGUUGAAGGAGUACUCGUUGGAAAUGGCGUAGCUGCAGCCAAUGCAGCAAUUAUUUCGGAUUGCCUCAUUAAAGCCGAUAUGCGAGGCGUAGACACACAUGGGAUGAAUCGAAUCCCGUCCUACAUGGAUCGUGUAGCCCAAGGAGUCCUCGAUGCAAAAGCCACACCGGAGCUGAAGAAGCUGACUCCUGUAGUUGCUCAAGUCGACGGAAAGAAUGGUUUCGGCUUUCUGGCAGCGCACCAAGGCAUGCAAUGCGCGAUCGAGAUGGGAAAAGAAUUUGGCAUCGGCAUGGUGUCCAUCAAGCAUUCGAACCAUUUCGGCAUGUCAGCUUGGGUGGUGCAGCAAGCUAUUGAUGCAGGUAUGAUGAGUCUUGUCUUCACGAAUUCUUCUCCCGCAUUGCCCGUGUGGGGAGGACAGUCAAAACUCAUGGGAGUCUCCCCUAUUGCGUGUGGUGCACCGGCUGGGAAAGAGCGACCAUUCAUUCUCGACAUGGCACCUUCUGUUGCCGCACGCGGAAAGAUUUACAAAGCAAAACGAAGGGGUGAGAAAAUUCCCCUUGACUGGGCUUUAGAUGCUGAAGGUAAGCCAACCGAUGAUCCGUCGGAGGCAUUGAAAGGAGUCAUGCUGCCCAUGGGCGGACCGAAAGGCUCAGGAUUGUCAAUUAUGAUGGAUGUUUUCUCUGGAGUACUCUCCGGAUCUGCAUUUGCUGGCCAUGUCACGAAUCCAUACGACCCCUCGAAGCCUGCAGAUGUGGGUCACUUCCUUAUAGCUAUCAAGCCGGACCUUUUUAUGAGCUUGGAAGACUUUAAAGAACGGAUGGACUACUUGUAUCAGCGGGUUGUUGGAUCGGAUAAGGCAGCUGGUGUCGACCGGAUAUAUUUUCCAGGGGAAAUGGAACAACUAAGAUAUGAAGAGAGAAUGAAGACAGGUAUUCCAUUGGUUGAGGCGGAGAUUACGGCUUUGAAUGCUGAGGCUGAACGAGUCGGAAGCAAGCCAAUUGUGCUAUUCUAA